CCACGCACAGGACCUUCCCACACACUUCGCUCUCUGUGUAAUAUGGAUGUCACACAUAAAACCACAACUUGCCAAAAAUCUGUUUCUUCUCCUUUUCUCACACUUUCACUGCCGCCUGUACCUGUCCAUGGUCAGAUUGAAAUGAAAAUGAUGAAUACCCACCCCUGUCUUAAAACCCACGUAAACGCAAAUUCUUUUGCCAAUUGCCCCUGGGGGUAAAUUAACCCCGGGUGUAAAAUACCCCCGAGGGCAAAAAGGUGUCAUGUAAACGCAACUAAAUUACUACUAACUUACUCCUGCACUGACCACUCCUGCACUGUCAACAUGUACAAUGUAAACAUUUGCAAAUAUAUUUUAUUAUCAUAUCAUGACUGCUUAGUGGUAGUGCACUCUACCUGACAUUAAACACCAUCCCAGUAAACUUAACUUUUUAAACCAUACCUUUCGUUAUUCUUGCAAGCGCCCAUAAAAUCCUCAUUCAUGAAGGACAACUCUAUUUACAUGGCAAAGUCUACUAGAGUAGCUUCCCUUGGAACGACGUUCACUUUUAAGAACGUGUCUUCUCCAUGGUAAGUCAGAACAGCUGACGUACUAGGCGUUGAUGUAGAUCUAUCAAAACUACAUGACACAUAGACGGAAGUUGUCUGUGAUCCGCCUGCCCCCCGAGCUUCCGACAGUAGUGAUGGGAGAUGGGACAAGAUGUCUGAUAGAUAACAACACUAUCUGGAUGCCAGCCGGUAAUCCUGUUGGCCUAUCCCUGGGUGCUGGUUACCAACAGCCAGGACUGGUACCCUCCAGGCUCCAGCCUCCUACAGUUCAGCCACCACCUUGCAGUAGGCAUAAGGAGACAAUGCCUGUCUGCCAGCCCAGUUCAGCACAAGACCUGCAGCUGAUGAGACCAGAGGCCUUCUCCUGUGUUCUGCCCCAACUUGACCUACCCAGUCCAGUUCCUCCUCCCCAGUCUCUAGCCCAUGUUGACAAGCCAGCUAUGCCUACAACAAACAACCCCAAACCCAAAGUCCAACCAAAGCAAAACCUGAGCUCAAACCCUGCAAACGCAAGCCCAAAACGUUCAGGCCAAAACCUCAACCAAAGCCUCGCAUUCCUAAAGAGAAAGUGAGCAAGCAUCAGCCUGAGAGCAAGCCCUACUUUGUGCCUCAGCCUCUUGGAGCUAAGCACAUCAAAACCCAGAGCAGACCUUUGGGGAACCGUAUCACUAAGCCCUCAGGUGGUAAUGGUAUCAUUAAGUCCUCAUGUAAGCUUAGUUUUGCUGAAGAGUUACUGUCUGCUGAUCAAGCUUACUUAAAGCCAAAGUCUGUUUUACCAAAGACAUUGCCUGUCCCUGAUAAGAAUGUAAAGGAUAAGGUUGUUUCAGCAUCAGAACAUUCUAAAUCAGCGGAUACCAAUGUUCAAACAGUAAAUGUAAAUCCUGCCAAGGCAAUGGACAAAGCUGAGCCUAGCUCUGAUGAUGAAUAUGAUGUGGAAUAUCUUUACCUUACUAAAGUUAUUUUAAGGAAAAAGAGGAAACCCACUGCUGAGCCCAGCAAAGAGUCCCCACCCUCACGCAAGAGAAAGUGCCCAGAUGACAACAGUGUGGUGCUUCAAGCUGCAAAACAGACAAGACUGGAGGAGCCCCAGGACGCUCUGGAGCCACCCCAGGACUCCCUGGAGGACCUGGAAGCUCUCUUGGCUGAGUACAGCUCCAGUCUGUCAUCUGGCACCAGGGAUUUCUUCUAAAUACUGUAAGGUGGAGGGGACAGGUAGGUAUAGACUUGUGUAUAGUGGCUAUCUUCAUGUUUAUUCAUCAUCAGCAGCACAAAUGGUUGAAGAGUGAAUAGUGAUUGGAGGUUUGGGGUUGUUUGUUAUGAUGUAACUGAAAUACAUGUUUCUAUUUCUACGUUAUGACUACAUUCGUUGUUAAUAAAAUAUCUCAUUUCACUUUAAA